AUGCCUCCCCGUAGAGCUAACGCCAGCAAUGCGAAUGCCAGGAAUGCAAACACAGCUCCUCCAGUUCCUGAUCAAGAAGUCUCGAAUGCAGAAUUCAGGAACGCCAUUCAGAUGUUGGCUCAGAGUGUGAACAAUCAGCGGGUUCCAGUUCAGGCAAAUGCUAAUGUUGGGUUAGCUGCAGCUAGAGUGCGAGACUUUGUUAGGUUGAAUCCGCCAGAGUUCUUAGGAUCGCAACACAUUGAUGGUGACAAGCUUAGGGAACAGGCUAAGGAGAACAAGAAGGCUAGGACAGGAAACUAUGACUAUUCUCAGCAGAAACCGGGUGGUGGAAAUCGCUCUCAGAGACAGCAGAAAUUUUCAACUCCAGCACCUUCAUCAGCCAGUGUCCCAUCUUCCAAGUUUUGGAAUAAUCAGAAGGGUGAAGCAUUAGGCUCUAAGUCUCAAGAUCCAAGGGCUACUCAUUCUUUUGCAACUCCUUAUAUAGAAGUCCAAUUCACUAUUGUGCACCCAUACCUCACACCUACUGUCUGUGAGACAAAACAAACUUACAUGGCAACAUUAAAGCCAUAUACGGACGAAGUGAAGGACACAAUCAUUAAUGCCUUAAAGGAUAAUUUGAAAGGCGUCAAUGUCCUCACUUCAGCAGUAGAGAACGAGGAGGAUGAAAUAUUGGGAGAGAACAAUUCCAAUAAGCCUUUUGAUGUUGAUGAAAUCCUUCCAUUAGCAAUAGUCGAUGAAGAUCUUGUUGCAGUUGAUGAGUACGUUGCAGAAAAAGUUAAUGAACAAGAUGAGGAGAAGAUAGAAGAAAAAGAAGAUAAGUUGGAAGUGAAGAAACAAGAGGAGGAGAAGAUGGAAGAAAAAGAAGAGAAAGAAAAAAAAGAAGAAAAGGAAGAGGAGAAGCAGGAAGAAGAUGGAGAAAAAGAAGAGGAGAAGCAGGAAGAGAAUGUAGAAGAAGGCUUGGCAGAAGCGGGAAAAGAAGGCAGUAAUGAAAUUUCAAUGGACAUGAUGGGUAUUGUUAUGGAGCUCAAUGGUGAGCUCAAUGAUGAUGAGUAA